AUGAUGGUGGAGGGUCGCGGCGGCUUUUUUUCGCCCUCGCUCUUUGUCAUCAUGCUCCUCGGGUGGCGUUGGGGCCGGUGCCUCGGCGUGCGUGCGUACACGAGCAAGGCCGACGAUGUGCGUGUGAUCUACCGCGGCGGGCCGUACAUGCGCAAGCCGUACUUUUACGCGGCGGGCGCGUGCUUCGUGCUCGCGGGCCUCAACUUUGGCCUGUUCAUCCGCGACUACUUUGUGUGGCCGCUGUUCCCGACCGACGGCGCCGUGCCGGAGCUCGCGCGCCCGAGCCUGCGGUACUCGCUCGCGGCCGGCACCGUGCUGUUCGCAUCGCUGUGCGGCUGGUACUUUGUGUUCGCGCCGAGCCGGAUGGUGACGCGGCUCACCGUGUACCCGGCGACGGGUCUGCUCGGCAUCCGCACGGCUGCGCCGUCGCCGAGCCGGCUGCUGCCGAGCGCGUGGACGCGGCGGCCGUUCUUCCAGCGCGCCGGCACGGUGUCGCCGCACGACGCGCGCGAGCGCCUCGUCCCGCUGCGCGACGUGUACCGGCUGCAGGGCUCAGCCGAGGGCAGCGAAAUGCAGGUGUGGGACGAGCUGCUGCAGGGCCGGCACAAGGACGCCGUGCCCGCGGCGAUGCGCUCGCGCCUCGCGCGCUUUAAGCUGGGCGCAUCCAAGUACGACCAGCAGGACAUGCUCAUGCUGCGCGUCGGCGCCUCGCGCCUCGCCUUCCAGCUCACCGCGCGCCCGGACGCCUCGAGUCUCGCGCCGGUGCCGCCGCCGCGCGGCCUGCGUGGCUGGUGGCAGCGUGCGCUGCGCGGCGCGACGGACUGGGACGCGCCGCGCGGCUACGUCGCGUCGGCGGCCGAGCAGCGCGCGCCGCGCAUGCGGCGCAGCGAGCCGUGGUUCCUCGACCGCGCCAAGUUCGAUCAGCUGUUUCCGCUCGAUGCGUCGCGCUACCGGAAGCGCACGUAG